GCCUCUCCACUAUCUGCACAGUUACCAUUUAUGACCCUGGCAAAUGGAGUAGGCGUUCUGGGAUCAGUUUUCUGCCUCGAAUAGAUUGACGUUUCGAUCUUUUUAUGCUGUGAUCUCAGCGGAAAACAUGCAUCCAGACUCCAGUCCUGAGUUCGACCCAUGCUCCAGCUGUAGCGCGGCAUCUCCUGGCGGGGACACCCCCGGGUGCAUCCAGCAUCCUCCUGAUUCGCUUUCAUCAUCAGUGGACAGCGCCGAGGAUAGUGACACCAAUGCAGCAGGCUCCUUUGUUCCGACUGUGACCGCAAUCUCAACAUCGCCACAACUAAAGUGGAUGGUGCAGCCAACAGCCAUCACAUCCGCCUCUGCUUCGUGCGGCCGCGCAAAAACCAAAACUCAUGGCGCAACCCAAUCUUCUUCCUCAGUAACUGCAAAGAAGGCUAAGCCUUGCAACAGGAAAGGGUCAAAAGAGCAGCCGUCCAAAGAGGAAGAGGAAAGGAGGAGGAUCAGGAGAGAGAGGAACAAGAUUGCUGCAGCAAAGUGCCGUAACAGACGGAGGGAGCUAAUCGACAGUCUUCAAGCUGAAACCGAUUUGCUGGAAGAAGAGAAGUCUUCCCUCCAGACAGAGAUAGCUAACCUGCUGAAGGAGAAAGAGAGACUGGAGCAUGUUUUAGCUUCACACAACCCCUCCUGCAAACUCCCUGCAAAUGAUGAUAGUGACAGGGAGGAGGAUGAUGUAAACUCAAUGCUGCAGGAUCCUCCAGCCUCCCCGCAGUUGCUGUCCAUCCUAGAGAAUGUAAAAACACCAGAGAGCAACAUGACAAUUGGAGAAACUACUGUUAGUCAAGACAUGGACAAUGUCCAGUGCAUCCCUGCUGCCGCUAUUUUGGGGAACUCUAAUAUCCUUCUAUGUUCCAGUGCAGAAAAAGAAACUUUGGAAGACUUAAAAGGAGAUGAUCUGGAUGACUUGGUGCCCAGCCUAGAGAUGCAAGUGACCUCUGAGACAGCUGCAUCUGUCCCUGACAUAGACCUGAGUGGUCCCUUCUGCCUCCCAGACUGGGAAACCCUUUACAAGUCUGUGGCAAGCGAUCUGGAAUCUUUGAGCACACAAAUCAUGUCUUCCAGUCCAACUUGUAGCAAUUACAGCACAAUGUUCUCCUUUAAUUACUCUGAGAUUGAAUCAUUGUCUGACAGCUGUGAGGGCCUCAAAGGCAGCCUUGGUGUUUCUGAGUUAAUGAAAGAUAGUCUUAACUCGCCAACACUUCUGGCCUUGUGAAUGCAGAUAUGUUAUGCAAGAAUAUGCUGUAUUUUGUAUUCUAGGCAGCCAGAAAGCUAUGAUCUCUCUCAAAUAAUCUUUUGUAGUGUAAACUUUGAUGUUGAAUAAACUUGAACAUCAAAGGUUGUGCAAAGAUGAUGUGUUUCAGUGACUGUAACAGGGUUGAAUUCUUCCAUAUUGUCAGAAUUGUCAGAGAUAAGAAUUUGUGCUGGGUUCAAAAUGCAUGCAAACACAAAUCAUCUGUAUUCCAAGAAGAGGUGGUAUCUUGCAUAUUUAAAAUCUACUUGUGAUGUGAUGUUAAAUCAUGUUUAGUAGUUUGAUAUAUGUGUAUCACUGUGUACUGAAGUUGUAGCAAGUGAAAAUAGAGGGUUACUAAUAUGUAGCACCAUAUGUGUGAAACAUCUUGCUGUAAGGUGUCCCUUGACCUGACUUGACAUUUCCUUGCAAGUUUUCCAUGAAAAAAAUGACCAUGCCAUGUAUUUUCUCAAACUGUAUUUUAUGACAUAGUUUAUUUUUUUACGUAUAAAAAAUUAUGCAGAAAAAAAACCUAACAAUGCUGGAAAUAAAAGAUGUGUA